AUGCGACUACUGGUGUCCAGCUCAACACUGGCAUACUAUGAUGCUGAAGCGCCGAUCGAGUUAGUGACGGAUGCCAGUCCAGUUGGGCUCGGAGCUGUGCUUGUCCAGAAGCAGGAUGGUGUUUGGCGGCCAGUUGCGUAUGCGAGCAGAUCACUGUCAGCGGUAGAGCGGAGGUACUCGCAGACCGAGCGAGAUGCUCUUGGUAUUGUCUGGGCGUGUGAACGAUUUCACACCUAUCUGCUAGGCAGGGAGUUUACACUCUGCACCGACCACAAGCCGCUGGAAGUGAUUUAUUCGGCAAGAUCCAAGCCCAGUGCCAGGAUCGAGAGAUGGGUCCUGCGCCUACAGCCGUACAGCUAUCGAGUCCAGCACAUUCCUGGAAAGACGAACAUCGCUGACGCUUUAUCUCGCCUGCCCGUUGCAGCGGCGGAUCCAGGAAUCAGCAGUGAUGAAGAGUCGGUUAGACUUAUCACUCAGAUAGCAGCACCCAUCGCUAUCGGUAUCAGAACGAUUGAACGUAGCUCAGCUGAAGAUGAAGAGCUAUCUGCUGUUCGCAAGUGCCUUCAUGACGGAUCUUGGGAUGGUCUGCCAGCAGCAUACCGUCAGGUCCGAGGAGAAUUGACUGUUGUUGGCAAGGUGGUGCUCAGAGGUCAACGCAUUGUUAUCCCUAGCGAGUUGCGACACCAGACCGUGCAGUUGGCACAUGAGGGCCACCAGGGCAUCGUGAAGACGAAAGAGCGUCUACGGUCCAAGGUUUGGUGGCCAGGCAUGGAUAGCGAGGCCGAGAAGCUCUGCAAGUCGUGUCAUGCCUGCCAAGUGGUUGCAGCGCCAGCCAAUGCACCGCCAGUCAAGUCCACUCCUCUUCCAGAUGCGCCAUGGCAGCAUUUGGCUGUUGACUUGCUGGGUCCACUACCGUCUGGCGAGCACAUUGUGGUGCUUGUGGAUUACUACAGUCGAUAUUUCGAAGUAGAUGUGGUCAAGUCAACAUCAGCUGAAGCUGUGAUUCCGAUGAUUGAAGCCCAGUUCAGCCGACACGGUAUCCCGACGAGUUUGCGUACGGAUAAUGGCCCACCUUUCAACUCGGAAGGGUUUGCGAAGUUUCUACAUGAGUGUGGUGUUCAACAGCUUCGUACUACACCACUGUGGCCGAGAGCUAACGGUGAAGUUGAGCGACAAAAUCGAUCCCUGAUGAAAGUGAUCCGUGCUGCAUAUGCGGAAGGAAAGACGUGGAAGCGGGAGGUUCAACGAUUCUUGAUGGCAUACCGCUCAACGCCACAUAGCACCACCGGAGUUGCUCCAGCUGAGUUAUUGUUUGGGCGCAAAGUGCACUGCAAGUUACCAGCCCUCGGUGAACCAGCGACAAACGAGGCCGUCAGAGAUCGUGACAGCGAGCGUAAGCAGAGUAUGCGUGACUCUGCAGAUGACGCCAACCAUGCCACAAGCCAGUCAACGCAGAUAGGUGACUCAGUACUGCUAAAGCGUUCGGAGACACGGUCGAAGGUCGACACACCAUUCCAUCACCAACCUCAUGUGGUGGUUAGUCGGAAUGGGGACCAAGUAGUGGUUCAGGCACCGGAUGGGAAGCUUGUGCGGAGGAACGUACAGUUCACCAAACCAUUCCGGCAGCAGCAUCCAGCUGAACCUAGCCCCGAAGUGCAAGAGGCACCCCAGCAUCGUGCGGAGCCCCGCAGGUCAGACAGGUUAAGCGUGAAAUGCUAA